AUGGUCUCUACCUUCCCGUCCCCGAUCCUCUCCGUCGCAGCAGAUGUAGUCAAGGACAUCGAAGGCGAAGACGCCUUGUGUAGUCUUUGGGCUCUAUUCACAAAGUGCAAAGAGUCUUUGAAGGACGGCCGCCGUCUCGAGAACAUAUCAUGGCGCUUGUGGUAUCGCGAACUCGCCUCUGCCCAAUGCACUCCUUCAUCGUCACCCGGCACCCUUUCUCCCCCGUUCUCAGAGAAGCGUAGCCCAUCGCCCGUUACUCCCAUAUCAGAGGACGGACACAUCAGUCAGCAAGGUACGUUUGUUCUUCCUCACUCCUCGAAGUUAUCCCACCGGACAUAG